CACCACCAGCACCACCACUACCAGCACCACCACCAGCACCACCAGAAGUAGCGCCCCGCGCGAGCCGUCAUCUCGAGCUGCGAGUUGAGUUGAGCCACUCGAUCCAAGUCGGCAGAUGAUUGCCGAGCACAACAUCGGCCAACAAGGGGCAACAACACUCGUGAAAGCGCGACCACGGAGGAGGGAGGCCAAGUCUUCAGCACCUCCAGCCACCCAGAGAGAUGAUGUCCUCUUGCAGAUAAUAAAGGCAACUGCAGAAUGAAACUUCGCCGCUCCCAUGAAUGGAAACACGCCGAGCAGCGGCAGCGGGAGUCGUGCCCACGGCAACGCUCAAGUGGCCACUACUGGCGAGUCCACGCUGCCGGGACAUGCGACCGUGGAGGAGGAGCAGGCAGGAGGAGAAGGAGGAGGAGGGGGGACACGCUCCCAUGAGAGGGCUUAGCGCUGGUAAAUUGUGAGCAGCGGCGGUAGCGGGAAGAGGCCGGUCCGCCAACCACGACAGCAACAAGAGCGAGACAGAGGCGACACGCACACGGGACCCAACGUACAGCCCGCGCGGCUCCUGCUGCUGCUGCUGCUGCUGUUCUACUGCUGCUGCUGCUAACUGCUGCUACUGCUGCCGGGCCAGGUGGAAUUCGCUAAGGGACCCAAUCUUUCUUGUUUCGUUUGCGCAAAGAAGAGGCGCAAACGAGGUGAGCGUGAGCGAACAACCACGGGGUCCGGUCCACGCCCCGCUGCUCACGCUCGCUGCCGUGCUGCGCGAAGGCGCUCGUCGUGGUGGACGGGUCUCAGGGUUAGGGCAAAUUGCCAACGCGCUAGGACCUUGAGAUUGGUUGUCUUGUUGAUCUUUCAAAGAGCGUGAAUUAGAACAACUGACGAGGAGGAUACACAAGGGCAGCGGCGAGUGUGAAACUCGAGAUGUCCUCCAGCGCCGGGAAGACUCCGUUCGUGGCGACGCAGUCUCCGCCCGCGAAGAACAUCCUCGUGUAUCGCAACGGGGACGCCUUCUUCCCGGGCAGGAGGCUCGUCGUGAACCCGCGCCACGUGGUCAACUUCGACGUCUUCCUCGGCACGGUCACGGACGGCCUGCGCUCCACGUUCGCCGUGCGGAACAUCUACACGCCGGCGGGCGGCUCGCGGGUGCCCGACCUGCACAGCUUGCUCCAGCACGGCGGUCGCGAGUUUGUGGCGGCGGGCAGCGAGAGAUUCAAGAAGCUCCACUAUGCUGAGAUUGGAACCAUUAAACCCAAAACGAACAACAAAUGCUUUUCAGAGAUCAAGCCGGUGCUACACAGCAGGGUGGUGGUGUCCGCCCGGUGGAGGAAGUGCGCUCCUGAGCCCUGCUUUAUAUUCUUGUUCACCAAUGGGGACCUGGUGGUGCCUCCGGCGCGGUUGCUCAUCCCGCGGCGCGUGAUGGCCGACUGGGAGCGCGUCCUCGCCCUGGCCACCGAGCGCCUCAACCUCCGCACCGGCGCCGUGCGCAGGCUGUGCCAGCUGGAAGGGCUGCCCGUGCGCGGGGCGAGCGAGCUCGAGAACGGACACUUCUACGUGGCCGUGGGCAGUGAGCGCUUCAAGCCGCUGCCCUACGGGGAGUUGGUGGCGCGGUGGGCGUCACGCAGUCGGGUGCGCAGAUCCAACCGUACUUCUCUUCCGCCAGUGUCUUCAAAUUGGAAGAAGAAAUCAGAGGAGGAAAACCGACACACGCGCUCCACAGGUGACGUGCGCGAGGGGGCCUCGGAUGGCCCGACCAGGCCUAAGGCGGCGGGCAAGAAGGAUGAGGAGGGGAAGGGCGACCGCACCGACUCCGACGCGGUGUUCCACCCCCGGCCAGUCAGGGUGAAGCGGGGCAAUGGCGGCAGGCGGUCCUCUCACUCCCCAUCCUCUGGAGACGAGGCUGGGGUGUUCAAGGCACGGCCAGGCCGAAGGGAGAUGCAGGGGGCACGGGAAGUGAAGGAGGACACCAACACUAAGGUGGAGCUUCCACUGGACCAGAGGGCAGCAGAGACAGUGGAAGAGGACCUGACUGAACCCACCGCUAGAAAGAACAAGGUGGCUCACAGCAAGGAGAGCCCACCUUUUUCUCUCCGGCCCGCGCGUGUCAAUCACUCGCCACAUUCGGCCGCCCUGGUCAACGGCAACGGGCCUCGGAAGCAGGAGAACGCGGACAGCUCCGGCUCUCUGCAGCUGCCAAGGGAACCCAUCGGCCCUCACUGAUAGAGGGGCAGCCUGAAUACCGGGGCUGCACAUCAACGCCGUUCGCUUGCGAGCGCCGUGAAGGGGGUGACGUGACGCACGCAGAACUGACGCUGCGUUGUGUUUGCAGCCUAUUUGUCGCAACGCCUGUAAUAGAAUAACAUGUAUCAUGAUCAUCAUUAUCAGCCAUUGUCAAUUUACUGCUGGAUGAAGACCUCGCCAUGUUUGCCCUAAAAUAAAUUUAAGAAAAUAUUUAGAUCUUUCUAACUAGUCUGUCAGCCAGUUCUUCAACAGUCCAUUCAGAGCCAAAUGAAAUUAUUGUUUGUCAUCGAUGUUUUUUUUCAAUUUUGAUCAACAUCACUUUCUUUUUUAAUAGGCAACAACAAUUUUACUUUAAAUUUCAUCGCUGUGUUAGCUGUUUUUUGUUUUACCUGGUUUCUCGGUGAUGCUGCCCGAUUACCCCUGGCACCUGGAAUGAUGCCAGCUGCCGGAUCAGGUCAAGCCGAAGUGUCUCAAUGAGGAAACAACUAUGGAGCCACGCUCAUCCGCUUUUGGAAACACUGAACCAUUGCUGGUGCAUUCCAAAUUUAGACGGUGGGUGCCAGAUUAUCCACAGUACGACGUUCGUUGAGAUUUCACAAAGUGUUACCCAUUUUAUUCACCGAGUCCACCACAAAGUGAGGUUCAAAUUCAUGACCAUCCCAUGGUGAUUUGCGGCCAUUGCCCACUGAAGCGCUGCUGGCCAAACUGAUGACCGCAACCAGCUCAAUAAUACAACACUGCGAUAAUUAAGGGUUAUAGCAUCCACCGUGAAAGUUUUCUUUAUGUUGUCGCUUUUUGUUUUUUUCACGUAAGAAUGAUUACAAUUUUUACAUAGGCUUAGCAAGCAAUGACAAUAAAAAAAACGGUCUUGAUAUCGUGAAUUAAUAACCCGUAGCCCACUUCGCUGUGAAUAACUUCGUGAUGAUGCUAGCGCUCGUUCAUUUUGUGUGCACCGGUUUAUAACGCUAGUCAGAAUCUCAUGAAAUGCUUAUUCACAUUCACAUGAAAAGGCUUUUAAAACGUUCCGAGGAUUAAAUACUUUUUAAAAAGUU